GUUCACGUAAUGAUGAUGAAGUAGGUUUUGGAGGAGGACCGACGGAUUUGUCCUUGUUAACGGAGUACGAUAAGCAUAUGGCUAUUCCGAUAUGGUAUGCAGACCCAAAUGACAAAGAGGAAUCAUGACGGACGACAAAGUUGGCCGAACAAGACGUGGCGGUGCAAGCAAAGCACAUAGCUCUGCACGUAGACAGGCUGCGGUCAAUGUAGAUAAAAUUCCAAGUCGAGCUAAAGGGAAAGCAGUUUCAACCACGAUGGAUGAGCCUCGACCGGAGGAUGCAGAAUCGCAAGACGAGAAUGAAGACGUGGAAGAAAAUAUUUCUGAAGAAGGGGAAGAGGAAGGGGAGGAAGGGGAGGAAGGAGUGGAUGACGAAGCGGAGGAAGCGGAUGAGGAAGCGGAUGAAGAGGGGGAUGAUGAUGGGGAAGAAGAAGUUGAUGAGGAAGCGGAAGAGGAAAUGGAGGAGGAAGAGGAGGCUGAACAACCACCACCAGAACCUAAAAAACCACGGAAAAAGGUUACGCGAGUAACACAAGGAAGGAACCCACCACGAGUAAAACCACCACCAGUUACAUGUUAUGAUGGUGGUCCGUCUGACUUGUCUUUGUUGCCGGGAUUUGGAAAACAUGUUGCUGUACCGUUGUGGAAAGGAGAGCUCCAAUCCCGGUAUUUGAGGGUAAUGAACAACGGGAAAAAAAUCAACAAUUUCAAGAUAUGUCCGAAAGAGUACUCGUGGUUUUGGAAUGUCGUUAAUGCGUCCGGACUCGAAACUCUGCGGCGGACAAAUUACAAUCACACCGAUUGGGGUCUGUUGACGGCAUUUGCAGAGCGAUGGCAUCCUGAGACCGGAACUUUCCAUCUUCCUAUUGGUGAGAUGACUAUAACCUUGGACGACGUGUCCUCAUUGCUUCAUAUUCCGAUUACCGGAAAAAUGCUCGACCACAACGGAACGUCAUGUACAAAGGAAGAUGGUGAAGAGAUGUGCGUAGAGUAUCUGAACUUCCCUAUUAGUAAGUGCAAGAAAGAGUUUCAAAAAAUGAAAGGAGCACAUAUAGGGUUUAAGGCGUUGAAGGAUUUGUAUCUCGAUAAUUUGAAGGAUGCCUUGAAAGCUGAAAGGUUAAAGAAGCCUGCUGAAGAUGUGGAAUUCCUCAGGGAAUGCACCAUUAGAUGCUAUUUGCUCUACUUGAUCGGUGCAACCAUUUUCACCAACAAAAGUAUGCAGUACGUGGACGUCAUUUUUCUUACCUACUUGCGAGACCUCAGUUUAGUUAACACGUGGAAUUGGGGUGCUUCUGGGCUGGCAUAUCUGUACAACUACUUGGAUGCUGCAAGCCGCCCGAGAUGUGGAAAUCAUGGUGGUUAUAACUGUCUAUUUCAGGCCUGGAUUAUGGCGCAUUUCAAAACUUUUGGUGGACGUUUUGUUGAUGAGAGAUACACCCACGACAAUCCCUAUGCGGCAAGAUUUUUGCCUUUAAAAGGACCAAAAUUUCCAGGGCAGCAUAGGUCCGCAUUGGAUACAAUGCGCAUGGAUGAAGUGGUGUUUUGCCCAUAUGAGGAGCACCGGCAAACCAGACCCUUUCAAGAUAUCAGUUGGUACACUGGUUGGAUUAUGUGUGGAAGUGCUAUUAUCAAUCCACACUUGCCAGAACGUGUCCUCCGACAAUUUGGACAUGUCCAGUCUAUCCCUAGGCACCCUGAUGUAUCUGCAAAGGCUGGUAUGAAUCGGUUUACGAUUGCUGAUGCAUUUGCUUCCUACCUGACUGCCAACUAUGUGACAGAGGAGAUGCGAGGACCAAAAGUUGUGCGUGCAUUUGAUACCGUACCCGGAUACAUUCCAUGGUUAUACCGUGUUUCUCAUCCGAAGAUAUUGCCACCGGUUGAAGCGGAUCCACCAACACAUGCUAGCCUUGAGGAGGACAACGUGAGUGGUGAAUGCGACGUGUCUGAAGUGACUAAGAAGGUUCGAGCGGAUUUGAGGAAAGCGCUCGAUGGUCAACUCAAUUUGGCCGAUGCUUUGGUGGUUAUUGAAAAAGCCUACACUGAUUUGGAGCCUGUAGAUGCAUAUUUGGUGCGACGGAAGAGGAAAAGAGACUCGGGUGAAGGAACAAAGAAGAGGAAGAAGAAGAAGAAGACAACAACGGAAGAUGCCGGAACAAGCAGCUUGUAGUUUUUUAUUUUUUGUUUUCGCUAUGUUUUAUUUUUUUUUAAAUCCUGCCGUGUACAAUGGAACAACUUGUCCGUAUAAUUUCGUUUUGCUUGGGAUGUAUGAACAUGGAUUUAUAUUGAAUGCGGUUUCCAUUUAAUUUGUUUUUUUAUUGGAUUUGGAUUGGAUUGUAUGAAUUUCAUUUGAAAUACGAUUAUAUCCGAACAGGUGAUUUCGCGUGGAUAUGAUCCCACGGGUGAUACAUAGUUUAAAGUCAUUUGUUGGGAAAAGAUAU